CGGGUCGGGGCGGAGGUCUAAAUCUCGCACAGGAAAAGUUUUCAGACUCCGUUUUUGCUCCAGAACCAGAAUCUUUGAUGCACCAUGUCCGGCGUCGCGUCCACUCUGGCCAAGAAGCGGGCCCUGGCCGCCGGGUUCGGAACCAACUCCAACGCAGUUCCGUACCUGAACCAGAAGUUCGAUGCUCUGCGCGCGCAGUGCCGCUCCUCGGGCCAGCUCUUCUGCGACCCGAACUUCCCCGCCGCCCCCGAAUCUCUGGGCUUCAACGAACUGGGCCGCAGCUCCCACAAAACCCGCGGCGUCACCUGGAAGAGGCCCACGGAACUGGUCUCGAAUCCGGAGUUCAUUCUGGGUGGAGCCACCAGGACCGACAUCUGCCAGGGAGCCCUGGGUGACUGCUGGCUGUUGGCGGCCAUCGCCUCUCUGACCCUAAAUGAGUAUGUGAUGGCAAGAGUUGUUCCCACCGACCAGGGCUUUGGAGACGACUACGCUGGAAUCUUUCACUUCCAGUUCUGGCAGUUCGGGGAGUGGGUGGAUGUGGUGAUUGACGACCGGCUGCCAGUCAAAGAUGGAGAGCUGAUGUUCGUCCACUCGGCCGAGGGGAGGGAAUUCUGGAGCGCCCUGCUGGAGAAGGCCUACGCCAAAGUGAACGGCUGCUACGAGGCGCUGUCCGGCGGCUCCACCACCGAGGGCUUCGAGGACUUCACCGGCGGCAUCGCAGAGAACUAUGACCUGAAGCGACCGCCGUCCAACCUGUUCCAGAUCAUCAGGAAGGCUCUGGAAGCCGGCGCGCUGCUGGGCUGCUCCAUCGACAUUACAAGCGCAGCAGACUCUGAGGCCGUGACUCGUCAGAAGCUGGUGAAAGGCCACGCCUACUCGCUGACCGGCGCCGUAGAGGUGAGCUACCGCGGCCAGCAGGAGAAGCUGGUGAGGAUGAGGAACCCCUGGGGCCAGGUGGAGUGGACCGGAGCGUGGAGUGAUGGGUCGUCUGAGUGGAACUACGUCCAGGGAGACUGUCCUCACGCCAACUCCGAGGACGGAGAGUUCUGGAUGUCCUUCAAUGACUUCCUUCGCCACUACUCCCGUAUCGAGGUGUGCACUCUGACCCCCGACACCAUUGAGGACGACAGCGUCAAACACUGGAGCGUCAGCAAAUUCGAUGGCACCUGGAGGAAGGGGUCCACGGCCGGAGGCUGCCGGAACAACCCCUACACGUUCUGGACGAACCCUCAGUUCGUGAUCAAGCUGGAUGAGGAAGACGACGACCCGGACGAUGGGGAGGUGGGCUGCAGCUUCGUGGUUGGUCUGAUCCAGAAGAACCGCAGGAAGCUGCGUAAACAGGGGGAGGACAUGCACACCAUCGGGUUCGCCAUCUACGAGGUCCCUCCACAGUUCCGAGGGCAGAGAGAAGUACACCUGGACAAGAACUACUUCCUGACCCACGCUCAGACUGCAAGGUCAGAAACCUUCAUCAAUCUGCGUGAGGUCAGCUCCCGCUUCAAGCUGCCGCCCGGCGAGUACCUAAUCGUCCCGUCCACCUUCGAGCCGCACCUGAACGGGGAUUUCUGCAUCCGAGUGUUCUCUGAGAAGCAGACGGAGACUGUGCCCUGUGAUGACCCCGUCAACGCUGACCUGGAUGAGGACAUGGUGUCUGAUGAUGCGGUGGAUUCAGGAUUCAGAAACAUGUUCCUUAAACUUGCCGGGGACGACCAAGAGAUCUCUGUGUUGGAGCUGAGGACCAUCAUGAACAAGAUUGUGGCCAAACGAAGUGACAUAAAAACUGAUGGGUUCAGCAUGGAGACCUGCAGGGUCAUGGUCAACCUGAUGGACAACAGCGGGAAUGGGAGGCUGGGCCUCGGAGAGUUCGCCACGCUGUGGAAGAAAGUGCAGAAAUACCUGUCCAUCUACAAGAAGAAUGACUCUGACAACUCUGGAACAAUGAGCACUCCAGAGAUGAGGAUCGCCUUUAAGGAUGCAGGUUUUACCCUCAACAACACCAUCUACCAGCAGCUAGUGGUUCAAUACUCCGACCCUGACAUGACAAUCGACUUCGACAACUUCGUGGGCUGUCUGAUGAGGCUGGAGAUGAUGUUCAGGAUCUUUAGGAAGCUGGACACUAACAACAGUGGCUCCAUCGAGCUGGACUUCACCCAGUGGUUAAACUUCAGCAUGAUCUGAGGCGCCGCCGUCGUUCUGCAGCACGCCAUCAUGCCGCCGGCUGUCGCCGCUUCUCUUCCUGAGCUAUCAUGUUUAAUAUUAUCCUCAAUGCUUCUCACCCACUGUAACCUAAAGUCAAUAAAUCUACACAUUAAA